GAUUAUAAGACAGUUUAUUAUUCUAAAUUAUAAUAUUUAUUACUUACUUUGAAAUAGUGCCUCUAAAGUAUAAAAAGCAUCUUGGCCCAAGUUUUAUAUAAUCUGAAAACUCUUUUAUAUGUCUUAGUGUCUUUUGUAUCACAUUCAUUAAUCUGAAACUUAGAAAUGUUACUAGUCAGAACUUUUUUAGAUGUAAAUGACAGAAACCCACCUCAACUAAACAGGUAAAAAGGAAAUUGGUUGAAAUAAACUAGGCUAUCUUACAGCCGGAGAAGAAUCUAGCAACUAAACUGAGGGAAAUGGCAGCUAGAAUUCAGGAACAAAUGGAAUUAGAAAUUCGUGACUUUAGGACACUUUGUGUAAAGCAUGCAGGCUUUAUCCUUUUGUGACAGGCUGGCUUCCUCUAUGGCAGGAAAUAUGGCUGCCACACACCCUGAAGCCUCAUGUUCCUUGGGUUCUGCUACUGGGAACAGAUCCUCUAACAUAGCCAUAGCAAUAGCAGCAAAUAGAAUGCCAAGCAUGGUUUCUAAAUGUUUUGCUUCUUUUAACCCAUUUAAUGAUUUUAUGAACCCUCCGCAGUGGAUAUUAAUGUUAUGAACAAAUUUACAGAUGAGGCAUGAGGAAAUUAAGAAACCUGACUAUAGUUGCAGGGCUUAGUGACAGAGCUGGGGUUUGAACCCCAGGCAGUCUGGUACCUACCAGACCUGACAGCUACCAUAUAUCGUAUUCUUUGAAAUCAGAGGAUGGAGAGGUUCUGUUUGUUGUGAUUUUGGCUAAAGAGUUAAACUAUGUAAGAGAGGGAUAUGGUUUUGAUUUAUUUGUUUACCCUUAUUAAAAAGAUAUGACAACUGAUGAUAUAACAAACUGUUGAACUGUUUUCAGAUCUUUGGAAAAAUUCCGUGAGUUUUAUUUAUUUAUUUAAGGAAUCUGUACACCCAACGUGGGGCUUCAACUCCUAACCCUGAGAUCAAGAGUCUAAUGCUCCUCCGACUGAGCCACCCUAGCACCCUGAAUUCCGUACCUUAACAUGGGGAAUCUUCUUAAAGUUUUGACAUGCACAGACCUUGAGCAGGGGCCAAAUUUUUUCCUUGAUUUUGAAAAUGCCCAGCCUACAGAGUCUGAGAAGGAAAUUUAUAAUCAGGUGAAUGUAGUAUUAAAAGAUGCAGAAGGUAUCUUGGAGGAUUUGCAAUCAUAUAGAGGAGCUGGCCACGAAAUACGAGAGGCAAUCCAGCAUCCAGCAGAUGAGAAGUUGCAAGAGAAGGCUUGGGGUGCAGUUGUCCCACUAGUAGGCAAAUUAAAGACAUUUUAUGAAUUUUCUCAGAGGUUAGAAGCAGCACUAAGAGGUCUUCUGGGAGCCUUGACAAGUACCCCAUACUCUCCCACGCAGCAUCUAGAGCGAGAGCAGGCUCUUGCCAAACAGUUUGCAGAGAUUCUUCAUUUCACACUCCGAUUCGAUGAGCUCAAGAUGACAAAUCCCGCCAUACAGAAUGAUUUCAGCUAUUAUAGAAGAACGUUGAGUCGUAUGAGGAUUAAUAAUGUUCCAGCAGAAGGAGAAAAUGAAGUAAAUAAUGAAUUGGCAAAUCGAAUGUCUUUGUUUUAUGCUGAGGCAACCCCAAUGCUGAAAACCUUAAGUGAUGCCACGACAAAAUUUGUAUCAGAGAAUAAAAAUUUACCAAUAGAAAAUACCACAGAUUGUCUAAGCACCAUGGCUAGUGUAUGCAGAGUCAUGCUCGAAACACCGGAAUACAGAAGCAGAUUUACAAAUGAAGAGACGGUGUCAUUCUGCUUGAGGGUAAUGGUGGGUGUCAUAAUACUCUAUGACCACGUACAUCCAGUGGGAGCAUUUGCCAAAACUUCAAAGAUUGAUAUGAAAGGUUGUAUCAAAGUUCUUAAGGACCAACCUCCAAAUAGUGUAGAAGGUCUUCUAAAUGCUCUCAGGUACACAACAAAACAUUUGAAUGAUGAGACUACCUCCAAGCAAAUCAAGUCCAUGCUGCAGUAACAGCCGUGGAGUGCGCACCUGCUGUGGAUGGAAGACAGUAUUCUGCAGUGACUGGGAAUGCUCAGUUUUUAGUGAUUACAAUUACUAUCUCAUGUACUCUUGCUUUUUAUUUCUUGCCUAUGUUCCCUCUUCCCUCUUUUUUAAUCAUGUUCUCGUUCUUAAGACUUCUUUUCUGUGCCAAAAUCAGUAAAGUUAUACUCUGAAGGGAUAUUGUCCUUUCAAACCGGCCAUCUAAGGCAGCUAAUUAUGCAUUGCAUUGGGGUCUCUACUGAGAAAAAUUCUGUGACUUGAACUAAAUAUUUUUAAAUGUGGAUUUUUUUUGAAAACUAAUAUUUAAUAUUGCUUCUCCUGCAUGGCAAAACUGCCUAUUCUGCUAUUUAAAAACCCUCAAUGACUUUAUUUUCUACUGCCGCUUUUUUCAUGUGCAGCCAAAAUGAAAAUGUUUAAAUUAACUUGUGUUGUACAAAUGGUACCCAACACAAACUUUUUUUAAAUUAGUAAGACUUUUGUUUAAAGUUUUAAGUUUGCAUUUGACUUUUUUUGUAAGGAUGUA